AUGUGGGCGCUGCGUAUAUUCAUAGCGACAGAAGGUUACAUAAUGUCUCAGUUUCCUUUGCUACUUGGUGUCCUGCUGCCCUUAGCCAUCCCAUUUUGCAGUUCUUCUGGUGUUUCGCUAGUUCUUCGUAACAAUACCGAUAUUGACUACAUUGUCGAGGUCAAUGAUUCCCUCCAGUUCAAUUCCUCGGAAUCUGGAUUCGUCCAGGGAACAGCAGAGAAUCCCUGUAAACCUCCGGCCAUGUGUGUUGAAUUUUAUCCACGAGCUAGCAGUUUUCUGAUCAAACCAGGCGCCUAUGAGAACUACUCUGCCGUUAGCCUCAGCUCCUCAGACAACAAGCUAGGCCACAUCGCGAUCGUCGUAGUGCGUGAGAAUAAAUUCAUUCCAGCACAUAUCGGUGGCAAAGUGUACAAAAUCAUGCGAGUCACGGGAACUAUAAAGAAUGAGAGUUUAUCCUUCAGCCUGGCUAACGGAGACGGAAGUACGGAAGUUUACAAAUUCACGCCUCAAGACAACGCAGGCAUGCUGGUCUAUCCAACGUACUUUCUGGAAUGGCCCAACACGGCAUACAUUUUAACGCACUCAGGAUUCCUUGCCCUGGCAGUGGCCAGUCUAAAUAUGUCCUUUUAG